UCUGGGCCGUCGAAUGGCCUGCGCGCCGGCCUACCCUGGCAGCGGAUCGUGGUGAGCUUACUCCAUAACCAUUCUCUGGAAAACGUCAUCUUUCUCUUUUGGGAGUCAGCAGUGUGGUGUUCGGGCGAGAGUGGUGUAGCUCGUCUGCUUCCUCAGCUGCGUUUCACACUCGACCUCACUGCCGCUCCGCGUCAUCGCAGGUCAGUCUGCAGCGAUGGCGAAGUCUAGUGAGGCAAAGCCUCGUGCUUCGAGGAACCCGGAGUUGGUGAAGGGAGUGAGGAAGUUUUCGCGCUCCGUCAUGUACGGCAAGAGAGGGUUGUGGGCAAUCAAAGCAAAGAACGGCGGCAAGUUCCCUGUUCAUGCCAAGAAGGCUGUCGUGGAAGCACCCAAGAAGCCGCCUAAGUUCUACCCAGCUGACGACAUUCCCAAGCCGCUCCACAAGAAGAAGGCCGCAAAGAAGCCUACCAAACUCAGAGCGAGUAUCACACCCGGGACGGUUUUGAUUCUCCUUGUAGGCAGAUUCAAGGGCAAGCGCGUGGUUUUCCUCAAGCAGCUUGAAUCUGGCUUGUUGCUGGUGACCGGCCCGUUCAAGGUGAAUGGAGUCCCACUGAGACGAGUGAACCAGGCCUACGUGAUUGCGACGUCGACGAAGAUGGACAUUUCGUCUGUCGAUGUGUCCAAGUAUAGCGAUGCGUACUUCAAGAAGGAGAAGCCCAAGAAGAAGAGAGGCGAAAACGAAUUCUUCCAGACUGACGAGGAAAAGAAGGAGCUCUCUGCGGAGAGGAAGGACGAUCAGAAGGCUGUUGAUGGGCAGCUACUGGCAGUGAUCGAGAAAGUUCCCGAUUUGAAGUCGUACAUUUCGGCGCGGUUCUCGCUAAAAAGCGGCAUGAAGCCCCAUGAGCUUGUUUUCUAAGUGGUUUGGGGUUCGCUAUGUUUGGAGAUAGAACGUUGUGGGUAGGAUGAGACGUUGAUAUGAACGAGGGCAUUGUGAAAGUGUAAGAUCGCUUAUAUCGGCCUUGUUUCUUGCGGCGUGUUUUGAAAUUUUUUGAUCUCUGGAAGUUGUCCAGUCGAUUUCUUUUUUCGCAGUAUGAAGUAAUAUGCUGCUGCUUCUGAUGUUGGAAUUUUGUUCGGCUUGGGAGCAGAAGAACAAAAGAAGUGAUUGCAUGCCGUACAUCUUCGUAUCUAUUCUUCACCGUCGUAUAUGCAUGCCAAAAGAAGUGAUUGCAUGCCAAUUUUUCCAUGUGUGCGUGCAAAAUCAGCAACUAUGACAUCAUGGGGAGUGGAAAAGGUCGUUCAUGUAUCUGUUUGGCAUGUGAUUUCUCAUCGAUUUGGUAUCGAUUUCCAUUUGAUUUCUCAUUAUGAUAACAUGGAGAGUGGAAAAGAUCGUAUUGCUCCAAUUUCAUGUGAUUUCUCAUGGAUUUGGCAUCAAAUGGAGGACAAGUCAUUCAUGUAGCAGUUUCGUAAUCGUGUUGUUCACUUGCCAGUGUGUACUGGCGAUCAAUGCUCAUUACUUGGGUCUUGAACGGCGUUCAGCAUCGUCUCGUUUCCCCUACCUACCAGUGUUGAUGGAUUAAACGUCUAUCACUCGGUCAUGAACCAGGUUUCGUAUCGUCUUCUCUUAUCUAAGCGGCCCAGCUAGGUCGGUAGCUUCAGGAGGGUUUCGUGGUUGCUUUUGAUAGCCAUUGUGUGGGAUUCAUGGUGACCCCGGCGGUACAUAACUGAAAGUCCUGACCUUCACAAUUUAUCAUGAAGUCGAUGACAUGACUGACUUGGCCGGGAGAGGAUGAUGAUUAGUGCUGUUGUCCGUUUUUGCCCUCUGUCUGCCAUUAGUUGCCCAGGCCCGGAUUUGAAAUGAGCACGCAGUGCAAAAGAAUCUCCCGCAUCAAAGGUCUAUGAUCUGUUCUAAUGGGCAUCAAGAUCUAUUACUGACUCUUGUGAACGCCAAAAAAUUAAGGGAAAGAUCUUGGAAAGAAUGGAUUGACUUGUUAUGUGGAGCACGCCAGCAAAACAAAACACAGCGGAACGUAUUAGCAACCUCUCCUCUUGGAGAUCACUAUCGUGUUCCCUCUCUGCGUCCCUUCUCUCCGUCCCUCUUCGUCCACUCUCCUCCAUAACUCGCUCUCCCUCUCUCCUCCGUCCCUCUUCGUCUACUCCUUCGUAACUCGUUCUCCUUCUCUCCUCCGUCCCUCUUCGUCUACUCUCCUUCACGACUCGCUCUCCUUCUCUCCUACGUCCCGUGAUUUGUAGUUUGGGGAUUCUUUUCUUCAGUUAGUGAGCUUGAGCAUACACGCUCUGCCAUCCCCCGGGCGCGGCGAAGGACCAAAUGAUAGUUAAAACGGGUAAAACACGUUCAGAAAAGCAGGGUUAAGAAAAGGAAUUGUCGUCCUCGUCUCCGCUGCUACCGUGUCAUUUGGUCCCGUGUGCGUUUUGUCAUCUGCUUCUUGACCACGCUCUCUGCGAAUCUUGAGUACCUUCCCCGCCAUUCCUCAAGCGCCGGCAACGGACGAAAUGACAGGGUUAAAAACGAGUGAAACACGUUCAGAAACAGGGUCAACAAGAGGUUUUGAAAGA